AUGAAAACUACCUCCGCAUCCAAACAAGCUAACAAAACCAAUGCACUCAGGAAGUCUGCUGAGAAUCUACCUCCCUUUGCACCCUCAACCGAAAAAGAUAAGGAAACCUCCAAGUUGGCUCAUCUUGAAAUUAACUUAAACAGAGUAUGUCUAUAAUAAGACGCCUUGAUGCCGUUAUUAUAAAUGAUUGAGUACAUCCCAGCCAUCCAAAGAACUGACAGUGUAGUUAAAGGCUUGAUGAGAAAAAUUGAAGAAAAUGAAUCAAAGAUUUUGAAAUCAGAAAAGCUACUUGAAUCAAAAAUUAAAAAUCCAGAUGGAAAUCAAGACAAAGACUCCAAAAAAUAACAAAAGUAACUUUAGGAACUCUAAGGCAAAGUCAAGGAUAUGGAAUAACAAAUGAAUAAUUUAUAGAGGUGGUACGAAGCCAAAUUAAAAGAAGAAAAUCAAGCAUUGUAAAGAAAUCUUGAACACAAAAUAGAGAAAUCUAAAACUGAAACUCAAAAAUCUGUUGGAUCAGAAAAGAGAGUCAGCACUGAACAAUCCAAAACUCACAGUAAACAGGCCUCUUAAGUUCAAUCCCAACAACCCUAAGAAUCCCAAUAAUAAUAUCAAUAUAAUGUACUACAAGCUGUUGAAUAAAUGGUGACUGCAUCCCUCAAUCAAGUUAGAAAUUAAAUCCAGUAAGAAAUAGAUGAGUUAAGAGAACAUGUUAUAGCUUCUAAAUAAUGA